AUGAGCAUAAAAAACUAUCCUUGUUUUGGUAUCCAUAGGCCGUAGAUAAAAAGGGAAGGGAAGAAGAAACUAGAACCAAACAAAACAAAAGUCCAUUAUGGAUUCUAGUCCAUCCACACCUUUGCUUUCUCGAACUCUCAGCUCACCUUGUCGGAAUUGUGUCUUGUUCCGGCUACCACAACUCUUUCUCCGGUUACUCCCUUAGAUUCACGCUUCCUAGUUCCCUCUUCCCCAUCCACAAACUACAAGGUUUUAUUCUUCUCCCUUUGUUCUUCUCUGAGUCCCUUUGAAAACAGGCAAAUGGAACUUUCCAAAUUGGAUCAGCGGCUUAACAAAUUAUAAAUUAUAUAUAUAUAAACGGGAAAAGCAUAAAAAGUGUUUCGUGUGGGAAAUCAUAUUGUUGAGUUGAUGGGGCAUUUAUCCUCUAUGUUCAAUGGGUUGCUGGCAAAGUCUUUUUCAAAAAAGAAAGUAAGAAAAUCUGGGAGAUGUGAAGGGAGGGAAGCUGCUGAAGCAAUGGCAAAGGAAGCCAAGAAAAAUGACAUGAUGUUGUGUAGUACGGGCACUGUUAAUGUUGAUGGUUCAAAUAACUUUGCCUCCGUUUUCUCCAAAAGAGGUCAGAAAGGAGUGAACCAAGAUUGCUGCAUAGUAUGGGAGGAAUUUGGGUGCCAAGAGGACAUGAUUUUCUGUGGGAUCUUUGAUGGGCACGGGCCAUGGGGUCACUUUGUGGCCAAAAGAGUAAGAGAGUCAAUGCCACCAUCUUUGCUAUGUAACUGGCAAGAGACACUUGCCCAAACUUCACUUGAUGCUGAUAUUGAUACCGAGGAAGAGAAAAGGCGACAAUAUCAAUUUAACAUAUGGAAGCAUUCUUACUUGAAGACUUGUGCUUCCGUUGAUCAAGAGCUAGAACAGUAUCGCAAGAUAGACUCGUUUUACAGCGGAACAACUGCCCUUUCAAUUGUUAGACAGGGUGAACUCAUUGUCAUAGCAAAUGUUGGUGACUCUCGUGCUGUAUUAGCUACAACAUCAGAAGAUGGAAGUUUGGUCCCAGUUCAGCUAACAGUGGAUUUCAAGCCCAAUUUACCUCAGGAGGCAGAGAGAAUAACUCAGUGCCAGGGGCGCGUUUUCUGCUUGGAGGACGAGCCAGGGGUGCACAGGGUGUGGUUACCUGAUGAAGAAUCUCCAGGACUAGCCAUGUCAAGGGCUUUUGGUGAUUACUGCAUUAAAGAGUAUGGUCUUAUUUCCGUGCCUGAGGUGACACAAAGGAACAUAAGCAUUAGGGACCAGUUUGUUGUGGUAGCCACUGAUGGGGUUUGGGAUGUGAUCUCUAAUCAAGAAGCAGUAGAUAUUGUGUCUUCAACUACUGAUAAAGCAAAAUCAGCUAAGUGUCUGGUGGAAUGUGCGGUGCAUGCAUGGAAACGCAAGAGAAGGGGCAUUGCCAUGGAUGACAUUUCAGCUAUUUGCCUCUUCUUACACUCUCCCCUUUCACCAGCGCAAGUUAGCCACGUUGCAACCUUCAAAUAGAUUAUCAUGUAAAACGAGCUAGUAAAAUUUCUCAGUUCAUGUAGCCUUGGUCCAAUUAAGUUAUUCAAAAGUGCAUGUCUAUUUC